UCGAAGAUGACGUCGCAAGCCAAUCCCCAGGCUCUCAUUGAGCAGCUGCGGAUUCUCACUGCCGAUCCUAGCUCUUACUUCCAGGAUGAUGCGCAGAAACGUGACUUCCAGAAGUUGACUCGACAAGCUGCGAGUGCGGUAGAAGAGCCGUUUGAGACCAUGCAACGGUUGGUGUACGGCCGUUGUGACACCUUGCAACUGCUGACCCACUCACAGCCUCUACCGCUUGUCACCGCACGCAUUGGUCAAGAUCGAGGUAUAUUCGACGCUCUUGCAAAGAAUCCAGAGGGAGCACAGCUUGACGGCCUCGCUAAGGCGAGUGGCCUUGCAAAAGGUAUCCUAGAAUCUGUGUUGGACUAUUUGUGCACACAGGGCAUGGCCAUUGAGUCGAGCCCAGGAACAUACAAAGCUACUCCUCUGACACACAUGCUUCUCGUACCGCUCUUCAACGAUGCUGUCACUCACUUUCAUGACAACUGCGCCCCAGCUUUCAUUGCAUUGAACCAAGUACUCGGCAACUCUCAGGAUGGGAAGACCGCCUUCAAGGUUGGGCAGCACAGCGAGGAAGAUUUCUACACCUGGAUGGAGACGCACCCUAUUCAGCAAGGCGCCUUUCACCGAUUUAUGGAAGCCCAGUUCGCCAUGCUCCCCACCUGGUUAGAUGCGGUCUCCUUCGACACUGAAAUUGCGCAAGGCGUUGGUGCAGAAGACGUGGUAUUCGUCGAUGUUGGCGGCGGAAACGGAUCACAAUGCGCAGCCCUCAAGAAAGCCUUCCCCGAGCUCAAGGGUCGCAUCAUUCUACAAGACCGACCAGCCGUUCUUGAGAAGGCAUUGAAAGUCCACGGCAUGGAGCUGAUGGCCCACGACUUCCUCACCGAACAGCCUGUGCAUAACGCACGAGCAUACUACUUCCGCCAAAUCCUGCACAAUUUUGAUGACGACACAUGCAUCCAGAUCCUACAAAUGCAUCUCCCCGCGCUCCAACACAACCCCGCCAGCAGAAUCUACAUCGACGACAAAACGCUGCCCGACGAGAAGCCCGAUGCUACCGCGCCAGGUGUCGAGUACACGGCCGCGCUGAGCCUGGCGAUGAAAGCGAUGUUUGAUGCGCAAGAGAGGAGGGAGAAGCAUUGGCGGUGGAUUAUCGACCAGGCGGGGUUGGAGGUGGUGGAGAUUAGGAAGUUUACGAAGUUCGAUGACAGCAUUAUUAUUGCGAAGAGGAGGUAUCAGGACCAGUGGCGGUGA